GCAGGCUCCCACCGGAUGGCUUCAGCGUCCACGUCCUUACACUCACAAGCAUCUCAUCUCUAUUAGGACCAUCUGCUAUGAGCAACUUGGAAAACCUGAGGAUGGGAUAAACUUCACCAGAUAUGGAUUUUGACACGCUUGGAUCCUUUCUGCGCAAGCGCACCAGCAGGUCUCCUCCCUCUACCUGAAGGAGCGCACCUGGAUGAUCCAACGAGACGGAAGUUCUGAAAAGCUCGCGCACAGAGACACGGGCUGGAAGUGCUGACUGGAUUUUUUUUCUUCUCCGAGGAGAAGUUAGUCUGGAAUUCACGAAACAAUCAGAAAGUGGCUCAAGUCAAAGCGCGAUGCCAUUCUUUGGACAGAAACAAUUUACAGAACUCUUCCAACAAUCUCCAGUCUAAUGGUGAAAUUCAAUCCUGAAGCAACCCUCACUCCAUUCAAAAAGCAUGACAACUCUUCGAAGAGUCCUCCGAAGGCGAUUGCACCCACUUAAGCUGGCAAUUGUGGCCCUUGUUUUUGUCACAUUUGUGUUCUUCAUACAAUGGGAGGUUGGAAGCCAAAGCCCACAGGAGGAGCCAUGGUUGAAGGAGAUGGCAGUAAAACGGGAUGCCGUGCUGGGCAUGGUGAUGGGAGCGGUCAAUAACUUCAGGGAUGCAAUGCCAAAGAUGCAGAUCAGAGCCCCUGUCCGCCAGCAGGACAAUGCAGACGGCAUGUCCUGUCUGCCAGGCCACUAUACUGCGGCUGAGCUCAGGCCAGCUCUGGAGCGCCCACCGCAGAACCCUCUUGCUCCUGGGGCUUCUGGGAAGCCCUUUCACACAGACUCUCUGAGCCCUGCUGAGCAGAAAGAGAAGGAGAGGGGGGAGGAGAAACACUGCUUUAACCUGUACGCCAGUGACCGAAUCUCCUUAAGUAGAGACCUGGGUCCGGAUACAAGACCACCAGAAUGUAUUGAGCAAACCUUCAAACGAUGCCCCCCUUUGCCGACCACCAGUGUCAUAAUUGUGUUCCACAAUGAAGCAUGGAGCACUCUGCUAAGGACAGUAUACAGUGUCCUCCACACCUCCCCUGCCAUUCUCCUCAAAGAGAUCAUCCUAGUGGACGACGCCAGUGUGGACGAUGUGUUGAAGGAUGAGCUGGAUGAGUAUUUGAAACGUCUCCACAUUGUGCGGGUUGUCCGCCAGCGAGAAAGGAAAGGACUCAUCACUGCGCGGCUGCUGGGUGCCUCUGUGGCCACCGGUGACACACUCACCUUUCUGGAUGCCCACUGUGAAUGCUUUAAUGGUUGGCUUGAGCCUCUGUUGACCAGGAUAGCAGAGAACUCCACUGCAGUAGUCAGCCCUGACAUCACCACUAUUGAUCUCAACACCUUUGAGUUCAUGAAACCGUCUCCAUAUGGCCAGAACCACAACCGGGGCAACUUUGACUGGGGCCUGUCCUUCGGCUGGGAAAGUCUACCGGAUCAUGAGAAACGAAGGAGGAAGGAUGAAACAUACCCUAUAAAGACACCAACAUUUGCGGGAGGGCUCUUCUCAAUCUCAAAGGAAUAUUUCUAUCACAUUGGAAGCUAUGAUGAGGAAAUGGAAAUCUGGGGUGGAGAGAAUAUUGAAAUGUCUUUCAGGGUGUGGCAGUGUGGAGGCCAGCUGGAGAUCAUCCCCUGCUCCAUUGUUGGCCACGUUUUCCGGACCAAGAGCCCACACACCUUCCCCAAGGGCACGCAGGUGAUUGCCCGGAACCAGGUACGCCUGGCCGAGGUCUGGAUGGAUGACUACAAGGAGAUCUUCUACCGUCGUAACCAACAAGCUGCGCAAAUGGCAAAAGAUAGGACCUUUGGAGACGUCUCGAGACGUGUGGACCUCCGGGAGCGGCUGCAGUGCAAGAGCUUCUCCUGGUAUUUGAAGAACGUCUAUCCAGAGGUUUUCAUGCCUGAUCUCAACCCGCUCCACUUUGGCUCGAUUAAAAAUAUUGGUAAAGACUCAUGUCUGGAUGCUGGAGAGAACAAUGAGGGUGGGAAACAGCUGAUUAUGUACCCAUGUCAUGGCCUAGGAGGAAACCAGUAUUUUGAGUACUCCACACAUCAUGAGAUUCGACACAACAUUCAGAAGGAGCUGUGCUUGCAUGGCGCAGAGGGGACUGUGAAGCUGGAGGACUGUCAGUAUAAAGGCAAGAAUACCUUUGUGGGAGCAGAGCAAAAAUGGGAGUUAAAAGAUAACCAGUUAUUUUACAUCCCAGGGUGGAGCAUGUGUCUCAGUGCCCGUCACGAUCAUCCCUCUCUGGUCCCGUGCAACCCAUCAGACAGAUACCAGCUUUGGUUCUUCAUGUGAAUAUACCAGGACCAUGUGCACAAAGAUAUUAACACACUAUUUUUUAGAUUUAUCGACGCAUUGAAUUUUAAUUUAUUUUUAUACACAGAAGAAGUGAACUGCUGCUGGAAAGUUUGGACUUUUGGAGAAAAUAUUGUGUGCCACUGCUGGAAGGAAGCAUUCAAACUGAUUUUUUAAAAGACUUUUUACAUUUGCUAUCUAAGUUUUUUAUUUGGGUUGAGAACAAGUCCAUUGGAUACUUUCAUGCAAGGUGACUGAAUCCGGCUUCACAGAACAAUGAAGAUGCACUCUUGACAAGUGCCUCUUUUGUGUUUGAGAUAUUGUGACUAUUUUUAGUCCAUACAACCAACAGAUGCAGUAUUUGGUGUAUAUUAUAUGUUUCUUUUUUAUAAUACUGAAUAAUAUGGCAAGAGUUGUGUAGAAAUCUAAAACAAAACAUUGCCACAAAAAUUCUUGCAAAUCAUAAAAUUGCUAUACAUUAGACCCAUGAGGUGCAAGUUGGACACAAAAAAAUCCCAAACAUUGUGCACCAAAGACACUGAAAUCAAAAACUUGAAAGAAAUGAGUGUGAUGUACAUUUCCUUGUGCAGAAUUACCUUUUUUAUAUUAUGCAUAACUGGUUUGUUAUUUGCAAUGGUCUUCUGUUUUUACCAUCCAGUGCCUUGGACAUAAUCAUAAUUACCACUAGGGGGGAGUGUUCCUCUGUGUUACAGUUCUCCAGUGUUUUUUUUUUUUUUUUCUCUCUGUUGGAAACCUGUCAACCUUUUGCCAUACAGAGGCUUUAAUAACGCAUCUCUAAAGAUAUUAAGAAUGAAGGCUAUAUCAUCUUGUGAAUAACAGUUGAUAUGAUAAUUUCUUGUUAGACUGAAAGUGAGCAGGCUGCAAUGCUGCCUCAGAUGAGCGAAAUUAUUUGUAAUGAAUCAGAACGCUAAGCUGGUGUUCAGUGCAGAUCUUAAUGACAAUAGAGAGAAACUUUAGUGCAAAACCAAGACAAGACAUUAUUGAAAUUUAAAAUAAGUUUUGGAUUGCUUUAAUUGCUUGACUAAAAAUAUUUAACAAAGUUGUAAGUUACUUGUAAGAUGAAUCACUCUUUUAACCCAUAAAAUGUAACAACUUUUGGCUCUAUAGUUACAAGUCGUGUGAUUGGUGGCUAUCAAAUGGAUUUUGCUUUCUCUGUAACAUCUGUUACAUGAUUAAGGGUUGGUAUUUGUUGAUCAAAUUGUUCCUUGAUUUACAGUGAAGUGCCUGAAAAGCUCCUUUAACACAUAGGAGUAAAUGAUUUCUGGUGCAGGCACUAGUGUUUAAAUGGCUAGAGUGUUGUAAAUUGCUUCACAUCUGUGGCUGGGUGAGAAACAAAUCUGAUGUGUGUGAAUAAUUGUCUACUGCUUUUCACUCUCUGAGAGUACCUUGAUAUUAAGCCUAUCUUUGAGGUGAUUAAAUUUAAUUUGUUAGUG